AUGUCUACGGAGUCUCCGGCCGUUUCUGCUGUCGCCGCAAACGCUGGAGAUUCGCGCCCCGAGGCUGCUGAGCCCAAGCCAGAACCGACCUCGAACGAAGCGCCUGUCGACCAGGAUAACGGGAAGCCAUCUGCUGGCGAGGACCAGGCUGAAGACCAGAAGAAGCCUGAUGACACAGCCGCUGCUGAGCCUGCGGAGGUGAACGGCAAAGAUACGGACACGGUGGAUGGCCAGGUGGCCAACGGCACGCCCUCUGCAAAAUCUUCGGCUGCCAAGCGCAAGUCUACAGGCGGUGCUUCGUCGGCGAAAAAGCUGAACAAAAAGAAGUCGUCGCAGCGCAUCACGCAUCUCGACGCUCAACCGGGAGAGUACUACCUUGCCCGCCUGAAGAGCUUUCCACCAUGGCCGUCCAUCAUUUGUGACGAGGAGAUGCUCCCACAGAGUCUACUCAGCACUCGCCCGGUAACUACAAAGCAGGCCGAUGGCACAUACAAAGAGAACUAUGCCGAUGGUGGCAAGCGCGCCUACGACCGGACGUUUCCAAUCAUGUUCUUGGAAACAAACGAAUUUGCCUGGGUCCCUAAUACCGAUUUGACCUCUUUGGACCCCGAGUCUUGCAAAGACGUUAGCGAGAAAGGCAAACAGAAGCAGCUCAUCGCCGCCUACAAAGUCGCAGCCGAAGGCCACGAGCUUCAGCACUUUAAAACCCUCUUGGCCGACCAUCAGCGAGCCGUUCAGCAAGAGUUUAUGGACCGUGAAGCUGCUGCCGCGGAAAAAGCCGCCCUGAAGGCAGAGAAGGAGGCAGCUAAGGAGGCAGCGAAAGAGGAGAAGAAAAAAAAGCGAAAGAGCACAGCAGCUGAGGCCGAUGCAGAGACGGCCGAUGGUGACAGCAAAAAGGCCAAGGCGACCAAGAAGCGCAAGAAGGACACUGAGAGUGAUGCCGAAGGCGUCAAGCCGAGCAAAACCCCCAAGACUACCCCCAAGCUCAAAUUGACCACACCGAAAGACCCCAGCGCUACUGCGAAGGAAACUAAGAAGUCGAAGAAGAGUGCAAAACCAAGUGAGGAGCGUACUGUCACACCGCCCCCUCCAGAGACACCGAAGCUUGAUCCUAAGGAGGCAAAAGAAAAGAAGCAAAAAGAGAUUCUUUUCAUCCGCCACAGACUCCAGAAAGGAUUCUUGUCGCGAGAGGAGGCACCCAAAGAGGAGGAGAUGGAGGCAAUGGCAGGCUUUUUCACCAGGCUUGAAAGCCACGGUGAAAUUGAAGUGUCCAUCAUCCGCGAGACUAAAAUCCAGAAGGUUUUGAGAGCAAUCCUCAAACUCUCAUCAAUCCCCAAAGAUGAGCAGUACAGCUUCAAGAAACGGGCCGUCGAUAUUCUUUCCUCAUGGAAGAAUUUGCUUGACUCCGAUAUACCUUCUGCUAAACCGGGACAAGCAAAGACAAACGGCGUCGAUAAGGAGAAGGAUGACUCUGCUAAUCCUGAAUCUGAGGUACCAGCCAAGGCAAUAUCAGAAGAAGCCAAAGAGGAGCCCCAGGAGACAAAAGAACCAACCAAAGAAGGCGUUGAGUCAGCCGAAGACAAGGAUGAGCCGAUGCCCGACGCUGAAUCCGGAGAAAAGGCGAAGACAGAUCUUGAGCAACCAGGCAAAGACGAUUCCGAAGCCGUUGCUAAGGAUGAGAAAGAAGCCGCAGUAACUGAUGCGACACCCGCUUAA